CAUUGCUCUACGGGAAAAGUGUACGUUCUUGAAGAAUGAAUGGGAGUUACACAGUUGUUGUCAAGACAGUUAUCUUUGUUUUGUUGGUAAACAGACAGGGCCAGUGAGACUCGAACUGUGCUGGUUCAGCAGUAGUUGACUUAACAGACAAUGCGAUGGAUAAAGAUGGUAUGGAUCUGACGGGAAUGGGCUCUUAUAGUCAAGCAGACAACUCAAUGGAUCGAGGUACUAGAGAAGAGCCAAGAGGAGAUACUCAAUCUGAGACGGCCUUUAUGGAUGCGGUCAAGAAUCAAAUGGCAGAAACUGUUUGGCAAACUGGUAAACAGCAGGCUCGGAAAGUGUUUGACUUGUAUGGAAAUAUUGAUCUUCUACGACCUUACUUUGAUGUGGAACCCAAGACAGUUAUUCAUAGAUUAGUGUUAUCGUUUCUACCGUUGCGGCCAUCAGGAACUCAGCAGAAAACUGUGGGUGAACUCUACGGUCCGCUCAUGAUUGUCUUUACUCUCGUUGCCAUCUUGUUAAUGGGAAUGAAGGAUUCUGGACACACUGUGAGAGAAGGAACGUUGAUGGGUACAGCCAUUGGUGUUGUAUUUGGAUACUGGUUUCUAGCCUCAGGAUUGUAUUAUGGUGUGUCAUUUAUCUGCAACACUCAGAUAUCAUUCCUGCAAGUUUUGUCAUUAACGGGAUACGGCAUGUUUGCCUUCUGUAUUGUACUCUUCAUUGGUACAACAUUUCACAACACUGUCUCUCAUACAAUGUUUUACACCAUCUGGGCUGUACUGGGAGGUUUAUCAAGCAUCAGAAUGGUUGGUGUCUACUUAUCAAGAACUAACGGACGGAGCCACAAGCUGACAAUAGCCUCAGUUGUUGCCUCAAUUCAUUUACUGUUUCUUCUGUAUCUACAGGUUGGUGUCUACUUAUCAAGAACUAACGGACGGAGCCACAAGCUGACAAUAGCCUCAGUUGUUGCCUCAAUUCAUUUACUGUUUCUUCUGUAUCUACAGGUUGGUGUCUACUUAUCAAGAACUAACGGACGGAGCCACAAGCUGACAAUAGCCUCAGUUGUUGCCUCAAUUCAUUUACUGUUUCUUCUGUAUCUACAGGUUGGUGUCUACUUAUCAAGAACUAACGGACGGAGCCACAAGCUGACAAUAGCCUCAGUUGUUGCCUCAAUUCAUUUACUGUUUCUUCUGUAUCUACAGGUUGGUGUCUACUUAUCAAGAACUAACGGACGGAGCCACAAGCUGACAAUAGCCUCAGUUGUUGCCUCAAUUCAUUUACUGUUUCUUCUGUAUCUACAGGUUGGUGUCUACUUAUCAAGAACUAACGGACGGAGCCACAAGCUGACAAUAGCCUCAGUUGUUGCCUCAAUUCAUUUACUGUUUCUUCUGUAUCUACAGGUUGGUGUCUACUUAUCAAGAACUAACGGACGGAGCCACAAGCUGACAAUAGCCUCAGUUGUUGCCUCAAUUCAUUUACUGUUUCUUCUGUAUCUACAGGUUGGUGUCUACUUAUCAAGAACUAACGGACGGAGCCACAAGCUGACAAUAGCCUCAGUUGUUGCCUCAAUUCAUUUACUGUUUCUUCUGUAUCUACAGGUUGGUGUCUACUUAUCAAGAACUAACGGACGGAGCCACAAGCUGACAAUAGCCUCAGUUGUUGCCUCAAUUCAUUUACUGUUUCUUCUGUAUCUACAGGUUGGUGUCUACUUAUCAAGAACUAACGGACGGAGCCACAAGCUGACAAUAGCCUCAGUUGUUGCCUCAAUUCAUUUACUGUUUCUUCUGUAUCUACAGGUUGGUGUCUACUUAUCAAGAACUAACGGACGGAGCCACAAGCUGACAAUAGCCUCAGUUGUUGCCUCAAUUCAUUUACUGUUUCUUCUGUAUCUACAGGUUGGUGUCUACUUAUCAAGAACUAACGGACGGAGCCACAAGCUGACAAUAGCCUCAGUUGUUGCCUCAAUUCAUUUACUGUUUCUUCUGUAUCUACAGGUUGGUGUCUACUUAUCAAGAACUAACGGACGGAGCCACAAGCUGACAAUAGCCUCAGUUGUUGCCUCAAUUCAUUUACUGUUUCUUCUGUAUCUACAGGUUGGUGUCUACUUAUCAAGAACUAACGGACGGAGCCACAAGCUGACAAUAGCCUCAGUUGUUGCCUCAAUUCAUUUACUGUUUCUUCUGUAUCUACAGGUUGGUGUCUACUUAUCAAGAACUAACGGACGGAGCCACAAGCUGACAAUAGCCUCAGUUGUUGCCUCAAUUCAUUUACUGUUUCUUCUGUAUCUACAGGUUGGUGUCUACUUAUCAAGAACUAACGGACGGAGCCACAAGCUGACAAUAGCCUCAGUUGUUGCCUCAAUUCAUUUACUGUUUCUUCUGUAUCUACAGGUUGGUGUCUACUUAUCAAGAACUAACGGACGGAGCCACAAGCUGACAAUAGCCUCAGUUGUUGCCUCAAUUCAUUUACUGUUUCUUCUGUAUCUACAGGUUGGUGUCUACUUAUCAAGAACUAACGGACGGAGCCACAAGCUGACAAUAGCCUCAGUUGUUGCCUCAAUUCAUUUACUGUUUCUUCUGUAUCUACAGGUUGGUGUCUACUUAUCAAGAACUAACGGACGGAGCCACAAGCUGACAAUAGCCUCAGUUGUUGCCUCAAUUCAUUUACUGUUUCUUCUGUAUCUACAGGUUGGUGUCUACUUAUCAAGAACUAACGGACGGAGCCACAAGCUGACAAUAGCCUCAGUUGUUGCCUCAAUUCAUUUACUGUUUCUUCUGUAUCUACAGGUUGGUGUCUACUUAUCAAGAACUAACGGACGGAGCCACAAGCUGACAAUAGCCUCAGUUGUUGCCUCAAUUCAUUUACUGUUUCUUCUGUAUCUACAGGUUGGUGUCUACUUAUCAAGAACUAACGGACGGAGCCACAAGCUGACAAUAGCCUCAGUUGUUGCCUCAAUUCAUUUACUGUUUCUUCUGUAUCUACAGGUUGGUGUCUACUUAUCAAGAACUAACGGACGGAGCCACAAGCUGACAAUAGCCUCAGUUGUUGCCUCAAUUCAUUUACUGUUUCUUCUGUAUCUACAGGUUGGUGUCUACUUAUCAAGAACUAACGGACGGAGCCACAAGCUGACAAUAGCCUCAGUUGUUGCCUCAAUUCAUUUACUGUUUCUUCUGUAUCUACAGGUUGGUGUCUACUUAUCAAGAACUAACGGACGGAGCCACAAGCUGACAAUAGCCUCAGUUGUUGCCUCAAUUCAUUUACUGUUUCUUCUGUAUCUACAGGUUGGUGUCUACUUAUCAAGAACUAACGGACGGAGCCACAAGCUGACAAUAGCCUCAGUUGUUGCCUCAAUUCAUUUACUGUUUCUUCUGUAUCUACAGGUUGGUGUCUACUUAUCAAGAACUAACGGACGGAGCCACAAGCUGACAAUAGCCUCAGUUGUUGCCUCAAUUCAUUUACUGUUUCUUCUGUAUCUACAGGUUGGUGUCUACUUAUCAAGAACUAACGGACGGAGCCACAAGCUGACAAUAGCCUCAGUUGUUGCCUCAAUUCAUUUACUGUUUCUUCUGUAUCUACAGGUUGGUGUCUACUUAUCAAGAACUAACGGACGGAGCCACAAGCUGACAAUAGCCUCAGUUGUUGCCUCAAUUCAUUUACUGUUUCUUCUGUAUCUACAGGUUGGUGUCUACUUAUCAAGAACUAACGGACGGAGCCACAAGCUGACAAUAGCCUCAGUUGUUGCCUCAAUUCAUUUACUGUUUCUUCUGUAUCUACACUUCAGUUACCACAAGAUUGCUGAUGUGCCCAACGUGUCCAAGGGUCAUGAGAAGGUCAGACUAAGCGCCCUCUUGGGUCGGACUGAAGAAGGAAACCACGUGUUGUAGAUUGUACCUUCCUGAUUGCCAUUUCGAGCCUUGGAUAAACCUCUUACAUCAGAUCCACGUUCAACCAUCAAGUUGUCUCUUUUAUAAACUACACCACAAAGGACUGAACUGCUUCUCUUUGCCUUAUAUAGAUAUAACAUUUAGUCAAAGGUGAAUCUUAUUAAGUCUUCUUCUUCUCUUCAACCCAUCCCUAGAUUUGAAUUAUUUAUGUAAAUAAAUUUACUAGUAUCCGUUUAAACAAAACAAGUUGCCAUUUGUAAUGGCCAUUAUAACUUAUGUCUGUGACGGAGUCGUCAAAUUGAGAAUUUGGAAACUGACGAGGAAAUUGUUAUUUGAAGGUUUAUUCUAAAAACAACGAAGGCACAGAAACUGAGGUUGAUAGCGUCUUCGUAUACAGAAAAUAAACAUAUCAAAAUAACCAGUAUAUACUAAGAUAUUUAUAAAGAAAACAAUUAUAAGAACUGUCAAAGUUGAGCCUAUUUCGUAGGUUAGCGGGGAACUUUGCUUGUGUGCGUUAUUUCCUUUAAAUGAUCAGGGUACUUUUUGAAGAUCAUGAUAUGAGAAGGCGUCCCUUUUGCUGAGGUGCUGUAGUUUUUGAGAAAGGAGUAAAACAAUGUCAUGGAAAUAUGUUUUACAUGCUAAAAAUAAUUUACUGAAACGACCUUUAUUUUUCGUGACUAUUUUUUUUUAAACUAAUGUCUCAAACACUAAAGCACCUCAUUCAUUGAUAUUUUAAGAGAAGGUUUCUACACCCAUUGUCUUCAAACUUCGUGAGUUUGAUGUAAAUCUAUGGAUAUUUUGUUGUGUGUCCUGCACAAAUUACACAUACCCUUUAAUAGACUUUCCAUGCUUACACAAUAGCGCAGAAAAUAGUUGCUUCCACAUUAGUGGAAAAACUGUGACCGUAUUAAAGCGCAGAAAACGGCGGUAAGCAGAGCCACUGAACGCCAGCGAUUCGAUGCGAACUGCCCCACACAUUAUAUAACAAAACGAUGAUGCAUGUUUGAUAGAUUUUAGUUUAUAAGUGCAUAAUUUUAAUUGUAAUGUUCUUGAUUAUAAUUCUGUAAGAUUGGUUUUUGUUUAAUGCAAUGUUUAGCUUAGUACUGUUAUUAUUACAUGUAUAUUGUCAUUGUUCAAGCCUAUUCGAAAUAAAAUUACAACGAUACUCUUGUAAUAGAAACAUUUACAAAGUGACAGACGUUAAGAAUGUGUUUCCGAUUGUUAUAACCUAAAACAGAAUGGAACUAGAACCAACGCAUCUCUCCCAAUCACUGAACCAUAAAACAAAUCUCUAGAACUCAAAACUCUGGAGACACAGGAUUUCUCUUGCAAAUAAACUUGAAAGUCGUCUGAGAACUUAAUUUCAAAAUCAUUUUUAAAAGGUGGUGGCGGUUUUGAGAUGGGCCUAUCGCCGAAAAUAUGCAUCGGUUAUGCCCAUGCAGAAAGAAUCUGGGUCUUAUUGAAACGGAACAUUUGAGAAAUGUUUUAUUAGCGGAUUUAUUUGUUUGUGAUCCCUUUGUCUCAGACCACAUUCCUCAGAAGGGAAUCGAUUCUCAAAGUGUUAUACAUUGAUUAUUAACAGCUGCAGUAAAUUAAUUUUGAAUCUAUUUCUCAAGAAAGGUGAACAGUCGAGAGAAUAAUGUAGAUUGUACUGCUGUAUGUUGCGUAUUGAAGUUACACUAAAGCAGUUUGUCACCCAUAACAGUAGUAAUAAUAAUAAUAAUAAUAAUAAUAAUAAUAA